AUGGCAGAGUGUCUUCCCUCUUUAUCGGAUCUGAGGGCAGAACGUACCCUCGCAGAAAUCAACCAGGAGCUUCAGUUGCAGCUGGAAAAGUACAAGCAGGACUUCAGAGACCUCACAGAGAAAUUCCUCAUAUCCCAAGCGACUGCUUACUCCCUGGCCAACCAUCUGCAGAAAUACAAGUGUGAAGCAUGUAAGGGCAUCGUUGAAUCCGUGCUGGGGGAGAAGCUGCCGGGUGAGGCGCGGAGGCCAGCAGAGAAGCUGGCAGAGAAGCCAACGCUUGACGAAAGGUUGAGAACAUGUGACAUCCUAAUUCGAAGUCAGGCACGAGAGCUGACCCAGCUACGGCAGACACUACAGAACGGGAAAGAUGACUCUGCCCUGCUCAAGCAGCACCUCAAGGACCUCCUCACCCACAGUGACCUGGACAAGCACCAGAGACAGGGCUUCCGAGAGAGCCUGUCUGAGGGAUACCGCUUGGCAGAGCGCCUUGCCUGCAAGCUCAGCCCAGAAAUCCCUAACAGUCUCUCAUCUACCUCUUUGACUUUAACAACUGUCUGUUCUGUCUCACCUAGGAUGUGUGACACCCUAAUUCGAAGUCAGGCAAGAGAGCUGACCCAGUUACAGCAGACACUACGGGACGGGAAAGAUGACCCUGUCCUGCUCAGUCAGCACCUCGAGGACCUCCUCACCCACAAUGACCUGGAUAGCCACCAGGGGCAGGGCUUCCGAGAGAGCCUGUUUGAGGGACACUGGCUGGCAGAGCGCCUUGCCUGCAAGCUCAGCCCAGAGUGUCUUCCCUCUUUAUUGGAUCUGAGGGCAGAACGUACCCUCGCAGAAAUCAACCAGGAGCUUCGGUUGCAGCUGGAAAAGUACAAGCAGGACUUCAGAGACCUCACAGAGAAAUUCCUCAUAUCCCAAGCGACUGCUUACUCCCUGGCCAACCAUCUGCAGAAAUACAAGUGUGACGCAUGUAAGGACAUCGUUGAAUCCGUGCUGGGGGAGAAGCUGCCGGGUGAGGCGCGGAGGCCAGCAGAGAAGCUGGCAGAGAAGCCAACGCUUGACGAAAGGUUGAGAACAUGUGACAUCCUAAUUCGAAGUCAGGCACGAGAGCUGACCCAGCUACGGCAGACACUACAGAACGGGAAAGAUGACUCUGCCCUGCUCAAGCAGCACCUCAAGGACCUCCUCACCCACAGUGACCUGGACAAGCACCAGAGACAGGGCUUCCGAGAGAGCCUGUCUGAGGGAUACCGCUUGGCAGAGCGCCUUGCCUGCAAGCUCAGCCCAGAAAUCGAUGAAGAUGAAGAUGACGAACAAGCACAAGAAACACCAACCCCCAGCAUGGAGCUGCAGGAGGUUGAAAAGAAGGAAGUGCAUGAAGAAUCCAAGGAUGAAUGUGUUUUGAUGCCUUCAAUUCUCCAAGGAAUUUCUGAUAAGCACCAGCCUUACAGGGAUGACAAAUUUAACUCUAAUGAACUGGAAGUAGACGUUGAUCUGGAUGGACCAUGUGGUUGCGGUCAUGCUAAAGAUGAAAUUCCAACCAAUAUCUCAGCUUCCACUCCCCAGGAAGGCUUUGCCUGCAACCAGCCUUAUAAUGAUGGGAAAGUUGCAUUUGAUGAAGAGAAUGUGAAGUCUGCCGUGGAUGGAACCUGUCGUUGCUCUCAUGCUGAAGAGGAUGAAAUUCCAACUGGUCUCACAGAAAAGCAGAAUGAUCAUGAUGACCGGAAAGGACCAGAGGUGGUUGCCCCGAGGUACAGCAGACAGAUGCCACAGAUGGGAGAAUAUGGUGUCCCGCAGAACUCUCUGGAUGACUAUUAUCUGACUUACUCGGGUCUUCCUAGCCUGUCAGACUCCUUCUGGCCUUAUAGGAGCACAGCCAUCUUCUCACCUGAGGACCUGGAUGUCUCCUAUGCUCGGGAUGUAACCGGUGAGUUGACUCAUCCCUCUUGUUUCACCAUCUGCUCUCCCAACCCCACAAAUCUCAGUAUGGAGCAGCUGGUGGUAGAAGAGAAUGAAAUCCAGCCGGACUCACUGGAUGAAUGUUAUCUGGCUUCUUCUAUUGGCCAUCAUCUGGAAGGCUCCUGUCAUUCUUCUAGGAGUGUCUCCUUCCCAACAGAGAAGAGAGAAAUUUUCUUGGCUCUAGAUGUAAACGGUGACACCUGCGAGGACUCUCAGCAGGAACCUGUGAGUUUCCCAGCGUCAGAGCUGCCAACUUCACAGGCACAGCUUCAGAAAAGCACCCACGUGACCGAGUGUCUGCAGUGGCAGCUGGACCAGCAUCUUGACUGCGGUGACAGCAAACCCAUUCUUGGUCUUUGUUCCACCAACAGGGCCUUUACCACCAACCCUGAUUCUGGAAACCAAGGACCACUCUUUCUCAAGCUGGAUGCUUCCAUCAGAAUGAAGAACCCUCCCAAGCUGGAAGGUGAGGGCUCCACAGCAAGCACACAUGAGCAGCCAGUCUGUAAGAAGAUUAAAGGCUUAAGUGGCCUGAAACAGAAGAUUCUCAGUAGAAAAGUGCUGUUUGGCAAGUGGAGACUAGCGUUCAGAUUCCCUGGCCUUCAGGCUUAG